AUGGUGUCCUCGAAACUGUUUACUGUUGUGGUAACUGCGUCGAGCCUGUGGGCUGUUGAUGCCGGGAAGUGCAGACCACACACAUCGUUUUUGACCUUAACAUCAGGGGUUUCAACUACCACGUCGUCUUCAUCCCGCUACUUUACAUCACCUGAUGAUGGAACAAAUGUCUCAUCUUCAACUGAUUAUUCGACUUCUACAGAUUCUGUCAAGAGUAUAUCCUCUGGUAUGAGUGAUUCUUCAGCGACGACCUUGGACCGGACAACAACCUCAGGCUCAAGUCUUUCAGAGUCUAUAGCUACAACCCACUCGACAGUCUCUUCUAAUACUGAUGUGAUUGAAGUGUCGAGCGUCUCGAGCAGUUUUGCUACUGAAAUUUUGGUCGAGGCCACAACAUUUAGCGAUCCAACUACGACAAUUGACACUAUCAUGAUCCCUACUGACGCAUCUACAUCGAUUGACACUUCCUUAUCGACCGGCAUUACUGUGUUGACUGGUACUACUGAUAUCACUGCGUCAACUGGUAGUGAUGCUCCCUACGAAACUAUAGCCUCUACUAAACUUACCACGUCUAUUGAACAAACGACAACCACUGAUGCAGUUAUAUCUGCCCAAUUAACUUCUGCUGAGAUUGCCGAUACCACUGAAACACCUGCGAUAACCGAAAUUACCACGACGGAUGUUACCACUGCAGAGUUUAUCACAGUUUCUGCACUCGAGAGUGCAAGCAUAACGGAAAGCCUCUGGACUUCUACCACUGCAGUCUCAUGCCCCGUCUAUUCAAACGUCGUUGAUGACUCCAGCUUUGAGGGAGAAAACAACGCUCCUAAUAGAUGGGAAUCAAUGGGGCAAUUCGCAGGCACGGCCGUGACCUACCAGAAGCAAAGAAGCACCUCUCAAGAAGUGCCGCGGGCUCAUAGUGGUGACCAGUUUGCGCUCCUCGGUACGGGCGUUGGAACUGACAUGCGGAGAGUCGUUUCUCUGGAUAACAAAAAGUAUCAAAUCUGGAUUACGUAUGCUGCCAUCUCUGAUCCUGACCAAGAUUGGUCUUUCAAUUUUGUUGUCGCCACAAGUUCCGGCCACGCGACGAGGCAAACGAUCAAUGUCCCGAGAGGCUCCCCUUUUGCGUAUAAGCAGGAAAGCACAAUAUUUCAAGGCCGGAAAGACGACUUCAUCAGUGUUUUGGCGAGACCCUUGGCGGAUUCAAAACCUCGCUUCGUUGCUAUUGACGACAUUUACGUGGCUGAGUAUGUGCCCUCUUGUGUUACACCUACAGUUAAAACCGAACUGUGUGGCGGCAUACAAGGUAAUCCCAGUAAUGCUGGACAGCCGUAUCGAACAGAAUUUCUGUUAGAGAGGGACGCGGAACGGUAUUCUACGACCGAUCUUGUUGGCAAUGCACCGGUCUUGAUUGCUCGCCGUCCUGAUAUCGCUAGAACGCAAAGGCAGCUACAAACAGAGACUUCAAGGUCGAAAUAG